UGUCAUUUUCACUUCGUUUUAAGAUACACAAUCGACACCCAGUUCAUCAGUGCAGCUGAAAAGAGUGAACCAAUUGUAGAAUUCAAAUAAUAGAGAAGAAAAACAGUAUUUGCAACACGAUAAUAGAGAAAAAACAAUUUUACAAAAUAAAACUUGUAAAGUAUGGCUAAGCAUCAUCCAGAUUUAAUUUUCUGUCGUAAACAGCCGGGAGUAGCUAUUGGUCGGUUGUGCGAGAAAUGCGACGGCAAAUGUGUCAUUUGCGAUUCCUACGUGAGACCCUGUACAUUGGUUAGGAUAUGCGACGAGUGCAAUUAUGGUUCUUAUCAGGGACGUUGUGUGAUAUGUGGUGGUCCUGGUGUAUCUGAUGCAUAUUAUUGUAAAGAAUGUACAAUACAAGAGAAAGAUAGAGAUGGCUGUCCUAAAAUAGUCAAUUUAGGAAGCUCUAAGACAGAUCUCUUCUACGAGAGGAAGAAAUAUGGAUUCAAAAGAAGAUAAUCUUACCAUGUUGAAAUACUAUUUUUUGUAAAAUUCUUGCUAAACACAUUGAGCAUCAGGUAAUUUAUUACUUUUAUAAGAAUACAAUCACAGCGCAAUAACAACUUCGUUGUUAUAUAAAUAACUAUACUAUGGUGUAUUGCUAGAUAUUAUUUCAACAACUGUAAAAACAAAUCCUACUUGCAUACAGUUCAUUAUAUAAUUAAAUUGCAACAGGUGAAUGUUUCACUUCUAAAUAUUAUUAUUGUAAGCAUAGUUUGUUAGGACAAGUAGUCAAAUGCUAUAUAUAUAUAUAUAUAAUACAAUAAACAAGAAUCAGUGAAUAGUACGAUACAACAAAAAAAUUCAAUAUUGUCAUUCUUAUUAAAAAUUGGAUAAAAUUGGACAAUAAAUAUAUAGUUGGUAUAAAAUCUAUCCAAUAUAAAACCGCGUUAUCGUGCAACCGUAUAAAAAUAUAUAUAUAUAUAUAUAUAUAUAUAAAAACUUCUCUCAUGAAAGAAGUCUAUCAAGCUUAUGUUAAAAUUAACAGUGGUUCCUCUGAUGGAGGUAACUCGUUAGUUUCCUGCGUUUCGACAAAUUCUCGUUUUAUAAUAUUUCCUUUCGCGUCUACCUCAUCAAUAGAUAUUAAAAUAUUAGAUAUAACAGGCAUAGUUCCAUCAACAUCAAUCGCUACCAUUUCUUCUUGUAAGUUCUGUUCAGUUUCCAUCUCGUUCGCGUUAUCCUCCAUGACCUAGGCAAGAAUUAUGUAAAGAAAUGUUAGAUAUGAUAUUAACUUAAUUCACUUUAUUUAACUUAAUUCACUUCUAAUCUCUCGCCGUAGCUAUCUUGAUUUAUGAUGUCGAAAACGAGAAAAUACACGUUAAAAAUUCCUUUGAAAUACAUUCAAAUGAAAUUAUAUGUUUACAAAAUGAU